CAAGAAGCCAGUUUACUAAAAUCAUCAAUCUCUACCUUGACCAAAGACUUAAAACUCUUAAACCAAAGACUACAAACCUUAGGCAUCUCGAUCCCUAACCAAACCCACCCAGAUGUACCCAUCGGAUCAUACUCAAAAUCAAAGGUUAUCAAAACAUUUGAAGGAUCAAAUUGGAAUCAAAUCAAGUAUGAUUACCAAAGCUUCGAACCAAUAGAAAAAGACAAACAUAGGGAUCAUUUAAAGAUUAUGAAUCAAUUGGAAUGGAUCUCAUUGAAAUCAGGAUCGAAUUCGACUGGCUCUAAUUUUGUGUUUUUGUUCGGAUCGGGUGGGUGUUUGGAAUUAGCAUUGGUUCAGUAUGCUUUAUCGAUGAUCAUUGGGAAGGGUUGGAAGUUGGUUUUAGGACCGGAUUUGGUUAAGACUCAGGUUUUGAAGCUUUGUGGGUUCGAACCUAGAGAUUUGGGAGAAACUCAUCAAACCUAUUACGUUUCCAAUCAACUUUCUUCAUUCCAAUCAACAAAAACCGCAGAAUCAACAGAAGAAGAAGAAAGACGAGUUCCAGAGUUAUGUUUAUCUGCUACAUCUGAGAUCCCAAUGAUCUCUUCUUUCCAUUCCACAACCCUACCGAACUCAACCCACCCUGAUUUUCCACAUCAACCGAUCAGAUGGGUAAGUGUGGGUAACGCUUUUAGAUCAGAAGCUGGGGCGAGAGGUUUAGAGUCUAAAGGGUUGUAUAGGUUACAUCAGUUUAAGAAGAUCGAAUUGGUUUGUUUGAUGGAGAAUGAUUUGGAAAAAAGUGAAGGGAUGUUGUGGGAGAUGAUUGGGUUACAGUGUAGGAUUAUUGAAGGUUUAGGUUUACCUUAUCGGGUUUUGGAAAUGUCUUCGGAAGAAUUAGGGAACUCUGCUUUUCAUAAAUAUGAUAUUGAAACAUGGAUGCCAAGUAAAGGUAAAUGGGGAGAAAUUACUUCAGCAUCGAAUUGUACAGAUUACCAAUCCAGAAGACUCAACAUUAAAUAUAAAUCUAGUAGUAGUAAUUUGAUGGAAAAAAAGAAAGAAACUGAGUUCUUACAUACAUUGAAUGCUACUGGAUUAGCGAUUCCUAGGAUCAUGAUGAGUUUGAUUGAGAAUGGAUAU